CUAAAUAAAUUGUGAACAUUCAUUAUGCUACCAAAAAUCUCAUCACAAUGAUAAAUGCUCUUUAUAGUGACUGAUUGAUGAGUAGAGACCAUUCUCUCCUAAUUAGCGUGUAAUACAUGAAACAGUUCCCAUGCUGUCCACAGUACAUAUCCUUGUUAUCAUCAUCUAAAUUGCUGCUGGCUGUAGAGAUAAAAGCUGGACGGAGGCAUAUGUUGCUAAAUGUAGAGUGCACAUAGUGUGUGCUGGGCUCCUGGUAAAAGCUUUAAUAACUCUAGGGAAUGACAUCCUCCACAGACUCUUCCUCGGUUAUCCCAUUAUUGGUUCUAUGAUGCUCUUUGGAGUAUCACAAUUCUGUGGGAGUGGGUGUAGCUGCAUCCUAUACACUGGCACUGUACUCACUUCACCAUAUCUACCAACCACACUACUGGGAAUAUAGCCUGUCUCUUCUGGACAGAAAUAAAUAAAAACUUCAUGUAGAUCCAAGAGAAGAUUAUCCUGAACAAUAACAUCUCUAAGCAUCGAAAGAAAUCCCUUUAAGGCUAGAAAAAAUGAGGAAGAUGGGGAGCUCCUCGGAUCUCGAGGAAACAGACCACACAGAGGACACGAAUGCUUCUGCUGAUGACUCACACAGUGAAGAAAACAGUCAUUCCAUCCAUGAAAACAGUCAACAGUUAAAAAUAAAACAUACCAAGUAUACCAUUUUCAGCUCACCAAAACCUAAGGGUCGCCGCUUUGGCAAAGCAGACAGUGAACGUGAAAUGGCCCCCAUGGACUCUGUCUAUCAGAUAGAAAGCAAAACUAUGUCUCCAGCAAUCAAAUUCCAUGUAAACCUUGAUAAAGGAAAACAUGGUAACCAGUUAACCAGGCAAAGUUCCUCCUUGGAAUCCACAACCAGCUGUAAGGAUAGAACAUUUAAGCUGUACGAUCGGAACAGGAUUUUUGAUGCUGUGGCCUAUGGGGACUGUGAAGAAUUAGAUGAUCUUCAGGUUUAUUUACUCCGUACUCAGAAACAUCUCACCAAUAAAGAGUUUAAAGAACCAGAAACCGGGAAAACUUGUCUACUAAAAGCCAUGCUGAAUCUGAGUCAGGGGAAAAACGAAACAAUUCCGCUCUUGCUAGAAAUUGCAGAAAAAACCGACAAUCUGAAAGCAUUCGUCAAUGCACCAUACACAGACACCUAUUACAGAGGUCAGACUGCUCUACAUAUUGCUAUUGAACGAAGGAACAUGAACAUGGUGGAGCUUUUGGUACAACACGGAGCCGAUGUUCAUGCAAGAGCAGACGGUGAAUUCUUCAGGAAAGCCAAAGGAAGGGCCGGAUUCUACUUUGGGGAACUACCUCUGUCUUUAGCAGCAUGCACAAACCAGAUACAGAUAGUCCAAUACCUUCUUCAGAACCAGUACUCUCCAGCCAACAUUGCUGCCCGCGACUCUUUUGGAAAUACGGUGCUGCACUCUCUGGUUGACAUUGCGGACAACACUGUGGAGAACACAAAGUUUGUCACCAAGAUGUAUUCAGAAAUUUUGGUGCUGGGUGCAGAAAUUAAACCUUCCCUGAGACUGGAGGAUAUUGCCAAUAAGAAAGGUCUUACUCCAUUAACUUUAGCAGCAAAAACUGGCAAAAUCGGGGUAAGUAGUAAUAUACUUGGUUGUGUAAUAUUUGUCCAGAACAUCUUUUUCUACAUGCAGUUAGAUGAAUCCAUGUUACUUGUACCUAUUCAGGUAUUUGCUUAUAUCCUUCGGAGAGAGAUAAAGAAUCCAGAAUGCCGACACCUCUCUAGAAAGUUCACUGAAUGGGCCUAUGGGCCUGUCCACUCCUCCCUGUAUGAUCUGUCUGGUGUGGACACCAUUGAGAACAACUCUGUUCUUGAGAUUAUUGCCUACAGCAGCGAGACACCGAAUCGACAUGACAUGCUUCUAGUGGAGCCUCUCAACAGACUCUUACAAGAUAAGUGGGAUCGCUUUGUCAAACGUGUAUUCUACUGUAACUUCUUGAUGUAUGUGGUAUAUAUCAUCAUCUUCACCAUCGCUGCCUACUAUAGACCAGUGCAGGGAAAUCCCCCAUUUCCAGUAGAUAGCACACUUCGUACCAUAGGUGAACUGAUCACUGUUUUGGGAGGAUUCUAUUUAUUUUUUAGAGGGAUCCAGUACUUUUUUCAGAGACGUCCAACUAUGAAGGCACUAAUGACUGACAGCCACAGUGAAGUCCUGUUUUUUAUUCAGGCUGUGUUUCUGCUGAUCUCUGCAUUCCUGUACUUUCUUGGACGGCAUGAAUAUGUGGCUUUCAUGGUGAUUUGUUUAGCCAUGAGCUGGGUCAAUAUGCUCUACUAUACCAGGGGCUUCCAACAAAUGGGGAUCUAUGCUGUGAUGAUUGAAAAGAUGAUCGUAAGAGAUAUGCUUCGCUUCAUGUUUGUCUACAUUCUGUUCCUUAUUGGAUUUGCUGCAGCGCUGGUGACUCUUAUUGAAGAUGGAGAAAGCACUAGGAAUGAAACCAGUUCAUACUCAAAACGCUGUUGUAAAGCAGAUCCGGGCUCUUACAACAGCUUGUACUACACCUGCCAAGAGCUGUUUAAAUUUGCCAUCGGAAUGGGAGACCUGGAGUUUACUGAGAACUACAAGUACAAGACCAUAUUUGUCUUCCUACUGAUUACAUACGUCAUUCUAACCUACAUCCUCCUGCUGAACAUGCUCAUAGCUUUGAUGGGGGAGACAGUGAACAAGAUUGCUCAGGAGAGUAAAAGCAUCUGGAAACUGCAAAGGGCGAUCACUAUAUUGGACAUCGAAAAAAGUAUGUUGACCUACUUCACAAACAGAUUCCGAUCUGGAAAAUCUGUGCUGGUGGGAUUAACGCCUGAUGGCAAAGAGGAUUACAGAUGGUGUUUCAGAGUUGAUGAGGUAAAUUGGACCAAGUGGAACUCAAAUUUAGGAAUAAUCAACGAAGAUCCUGGAAAUUGUGGAAUGAUGAAAAGCCCUAUGAAUACUUCUUUUCGAAUAACAAGAGGUAAAACAUGGAAAGCUUUAGUACCACACAUCAGGGAAUUUAGUAUCAAAGGCAAGAGAGUGAAAGAACUUGAAGAAGCCAAUGUGCAGCUACAAUCCAUAUCAGAGGCUUUGACCGAACAGGAUUCCCUUGAAGAUGGGACAACAAAGCCACUGUGAUCUGACUAGGCUGAUGUUUUUCUUUACAGUGUCAGUCUAUGAAAUAUGACAUUUCUUGAUAUAUUGUGAUUUAUAAAGGCUGUGUACAGACUGAUACUUACCUGCAACAGUGUACAACUAUAGCAAACAUGCCAAGAACAGACUAUUCAAAUUUGUGGUCACUGUGGUGAGCGCAAGUGUCCAUACCGCAUAAAGUAACACUGUAAGUACACAUACUGUGACCUCAAUGACAUCUACGGGACAUCUGCUUUCUGUAUAGUUGCUUAAGACUCCCUUUCACACUUCUCCGAUGCAGUUUCCCUGCGGGCGCAGGUGCAGUGCAGUGUUUUUGUACUGGUUACCUGCACUUUCCCAUAGCCUUCUAUUAGAUUGGGUGGUUUUGGUGCAUUUUCUGAAAGUGCACCAAAGAUACAGCAUGCAGGACUUUUGGUGCGCCUGCAUUCGCACUGCAGGGAAACCGCACUGACGCAAUAUGAAAGUGCUCUUAGUGUGACCCCAAACCGAAAUUUUGAAUGCUGCCCGGGCUGUAGGAAUUCCAAUCAAUAAAGCAGACCACUGUGCAGGCUAGGACGGAGCUCGCCCUGGCAUCAUGGCGAUCCUCAGGAUUAAGCUCCGGGGGGUGUGGCCUGGCUGGAGAAUGGGCUGAGGCUGUUGCACUUUCUUACCUGGGGUUUGCAGAGAUGUGAGGCUCAUAUGGACAUUUUCUUCCCUGUGCAAUGAAAGUGCUCUUAGUUACACUUAGGAUUGGAAGAGUUGUCUGUAUGUAGCUGUAGACAUACAAAAACGAAUAAUGGUGAUGACAUAUACAGGUAAUUGUAAUCCACUACUGUAUACCUUGUGUUAAAUGAAAUGCUCUUGCCUUUCUUAGGCUGCAUUCACACCUCGGCGUAUAUACGCCUGAAGCGCGACGCUCGUGCUGCUGGAGGGGC